AUGCCCCUGCUGUCGAUUCCUAACAAGCCUCGUCUCCAUCUCGCUCUUUAUUCGCGCCCCAAACACCCGGACGAGCCUCACUACGCGCUUCUGGUCACCAGGAAGUUCUCUCACGCCGACUGCCAAAGAACCAUCUCUGCAGUCAAGUUCCACGUCAAGAACACCAUUCUGCGGGGUCCUGAUGGAUACAUAUCCCAGCCGUGGCGUUUUGAGCACGUAGACAUCGCCGACCUGGCACAGGAGUCGCGGCUCCUCGUCUGCGUGACCAUCGGCAAGGUCCGAUCACUCGAGAAAGCCCAGGGAGCCUUUUCUCGGAUCGCAGUCCCACCAGAGGCAGAUCAGGACUCUCGGGAGGAUGGGGUAUUCGAUUGUCGAACGUGGGUGCGAGACGCACUCGAGACGCUUCGGCUGUCCGACUCCAGCGAUGCCGUGUCCGGGUUACGAGAAUGGACGGCCGUGGAACAGCAAACGAAAGAAUACCUUGCCCGGAAGAAACAAGAGGGUCGGUGGAAUGCAUCAUCCUCAACUAUGGGUACCGGUCUCGUUCCUUGGUUCGACCUGCUGACAGGACAAGAGAUAUUCUCAUAA